GACUUCCGGGUAUAUGUUUAAAGGCUCUACCAAUCAGAACACCGGAUGUGCCAGAGACGUGACAGACAGCGUGAUGUUUAUAAGGAAAUCACAAAAGUCCACUGAUAUACUCUGAACAUCAGACUUCCUAAUCGAGACAACGGAAAAAAUAUCAGCACUCGAGAUGAAGGGUAGCAUACUAAGGCAAGUAACUCAGUGUUUUUGUAACGCUUGGGUCUCCGUUCUCUUCCUCCGUGCCUUGCUAAUAGCUGGUGCGCCUUCGCGAGAUGAGAACUGCAAGAAAGAGUGCGCGAAUCUUCGCAUGCCGUCGACAUUCAGAAGCCCUACAGGCCAGAUCCCGAUGUUCUUUACCAAGUGUGAGAUUAAGGGAGGCGCAGAGUGUUCACUGGACUUGGGUCCGUGGAUUCAACCCCUUGCUAACUCAUCAACCGUUCAGUACUAUCUUGCCAUCGUCUGUCGCUCAAGCACGAGAAUAAUAUUUUGCAAUAGCCCAGAAGUGAAGCGGAAGAACGUAAUUUCGUUUUAUCAGAUGGCAGGCCCGUGUAGUGUUACAGUUCAUGAUGUAUCUGUUCUUGGCAACGCCACUGAUUAUCGCGUACAGCUUUUCACACACGGCGCGGAACUACUUUAUGCGGAUACAGAAAGCAUCACGGGGCUGCGCAAUAUUGGGACAUUUUCGCUACAGAGCAGCGGAACAGGGAUUCCCAGAAUCUUAACGGGGUUUGAAUGGCCUCGUAUGGCUGAAGUACUGUUAUCGAAUCUCUCCAUCACGGAGAUUCCGGAACAGUUUAAGACGGCUAUGCCUCGACUACAAGCCUUAGAUCUGAACAACAACAGCUUGACCAGGCCACCGGACUUCCCCUGGAGCCAUGAGCCGCUGAGUCUUCCCCGGAACCUGAGCCGGCUCCCUGUGUUUAAUCAUCACUACCAGGAGGGUAGCGUGGUGCAGCCACGCCUUUAUCGCCGCUUUCUUGUCCUCGACUACAACCAGAUUCGCAAUCUCUCACAGUACCCGUUCACGGGUCAUCUGCAAAAACUAUCGAUCAAGGGAAAUGGGUUGCGCGUUAUCGGAGGCUCUUGUUUCAGCAAUUUAAGCGGAGUAAACAUCAUUGACCUUAGUAACAACGAGAUCAGAGAUUUUCCGGAACAGCUUUUCAGAGGUCAAGGAUCCAUGCUUGAGUUACGGCUCAACCACAAUUUCCUCUCUACGCUUCCUAAUCGCGUGUUUACGGAUAUGAAACGCCUGAAACGGCUUUACCUUAAUAAUAACAGACUCCAGCGCUUGCAGGCCGGGCUACUGUACGGGAACGAAGAGAUCGAAACACUGACUCUAAAUGAUAACGAUUUAACGGAGAUCGAGAAUAACGCCCUUCCCGAAAACUCCAACACUCUCAAGACUUUGACCUUACAGAGGAACCGCCUGACCAGGGUUCCACGAGCAGUGUUCCUACUGAGGAACCUCGAGAGCGCGGACUUGUCGUCCAACGCGAUCACUUUCGGCGGGAUUCUCGACGUGCUAGACUCCGUCACGGCUGAUCAGCUUUUUUACAACCUGCGAAGAUCCGCGAGUUCCUCGGACAAUCAGCUUAAGAGCACCAAAGUCGAGCUCAACCUGGCUAAUAAUGGAAUAAGUAGUAUUGACAUCGGUAGCCUAAAUAAGACCCAGCUGGGGAAGCUGAAAGUGAUCCUUCGCGUCUAUCACAUCGACUUGCGCGACAACCCACUCAUUUGUAACUGCAAACUUACAGCGCUGUUCCGCCUCCUGAAACGUUUGACAGCGGAUUAUCCUGAUGUAACACAUGCGCAGUUUGAUUCCUGGAUUUGUUCACAGCCCACAAGAUUGCGCAAUGUGGCCUUGCUGCGCGUCCCUGAGAACCAGUUCCAAUGCAUUAUGGACUUGGAGAAUUGUCCCAGGGAGUGUACAUGCGCAGUUCGCGAGAUAGACCAAACAGUGCUAGUGGACUGUAGUGAGCGCGGGCUCCAUCGCCUGCCGUUCAAGAUGCCCGCAGGAGAACUAGAGGUGAAUCUAAGAGGCAACGCGAUAAGGGAAUUACCUUGGCGGCACUACUUAGGCAACAUCACAGUAUUAGAAUUGAGUAAUAACGAAAUAAAAGAAUUAAACAUGACAUUUGUAGAUUCUCUGGCGCGGGUAGUCAAUCUUGCGAUAAAUGACAAUAAGCUCAAGUACCUUUCUCGUGGUGUCACGAACCUUACGGCGCGAGAGGGCUUCCGAUCAUUGUCGAUCAGCCAUAACUUCUUCGUGUGCGACUGCUACGCAAGUUGGAUGCGCGACUGGCUAGCGAACAAUACGGAUAAGAUCGAAGACACGAGUAGCAUUCUCUGUGCAUCUGGUCGUCUAGAGGGCUUACCCAUCAUCAGUGUACCUUUAAGUGAUUUCAACUGCAGCGCGUACAGACCACCGGUGCCAGGGCACAUCACUGAUGGAUUAUCCUUGCUGCUCGCCAUCGUGUUGGCGGUUCUCCUGGUCCUUAGUGUGGUGGCGUUCGUAAUGACUUACUGCUUCCGAUGGGAGAUGAAGAUCCUCAUGUACACGCACUUCAACUGGCAUCCGUUCGACCGAGUUGACGACACGGACGUGUCGAAAAUCUAUGACACGUUCAUCUCGUACAGUAGUCAAGACGCCAGCUGGGUGCGGGAAACUCUACAGAGGACCCUCGAGAGUCACGUGCCGCCCUACAGGCUAUGCAUCCACGACAGGGACUUCGAGAUCGGGGCCAGCAUUCACGAUAAUAUCCUGAACAGCGUUCGCUUGAGUAAACGCAUGAUCAUGGUAUUGUCCAAUCAUUUCAUUGCGAGCGAGUGGUGUAGGUUGGAGUUUCGCGCGGCACACCAGAAAGUGCUCGAAGACAGGACAAACUACUUGAUCAUCAUUCUCUUCGACGACGUCGACCCCUCCACUCUAGACGACGAGACCAAGCUAUACCUCAGGACGAAUACCUAUCUAAGCGUCAGUAACAAGUGGUUUUGGCAGAAACUAUUUUACGCGUUGCCCAAACCACUCGCCCCUCCACAGAGUUAUGAGGGGCAUGUGGAGAUGUCAAAGGUCUGAGCUAUUGUGUCUCGAGGUGGAUAAGUAUAAGGAAGUAAACGGAAAGUAGAAGUUAUCAUAGCAGAGUUAGCUUGACGAUGAUUUUUGAAAAAGAAUGGAUGAGGUCAAAUCACGAUGAUUAGAUGGAAAUUUAAAGAAUAGUCAUGUGACUCUGCCAAAGUCUUCAUAAGUCGUCCUAUCGGGUUAAAAAGGAUAUGAAUAGAAUAUGAUAAUCCGUGUGAAGUCCACUAUGUGUGUGAUGUGAAGUCCACUAUAUUUUUGUGAUGUCAUCAAGUCCACUAUGUGUGAUGUGAAGUCCACUGUGUGUGAUGUGAAGUCCACUAUAUUUUUGUGAUGUCAUCAAGUCCACUAUGUGUGAUGUAAAGUCCACUAUGUGUAAUGUCAAGUCCACUAUGUAUGUGAUGUCAAGUCCACUAUGUGUGUGAUGUUCGGGCUCACCUCUCGACCAGACAGCAAGUUUCGCAUCAGUCCCAAAGUCUUCAUUACCACGUUUGUGUCUGGAUCUUCUAGCAAGCUGAAACAUGCAACAGAAGCUUAAAGUCAAGCCAAAGAUAGUUAUUAUUAAAUAUUAUUAUUUAUCCAUUUAGUGUCUUGUGCUUCACUAGCCUUAGUGGAAACAGUAUAUAUCUUGAAACAACCUUAAAAUCCUUAUACUGCAGUUCCGUUACAUUGUUACAAUCAGUCCCCUUGAACAUAACAUAAUUGCUUCAGGAGGCAACGGAUUCGAAUCGAUUACGUAUAGGAGGUCCCAAAUAAACCCUUUCGGAUAUAAAAAAA